AUUUCCCGGAUUUACGAUCCGCGCGUAAAUCAGCGAAAGAAAGGGAGAGAGAUAUAUUCCUCGAGAACGCUUUACUCGGGAAUCGCUGGUUCCCUCGGACCGUAGGAGUCUCGAUCCGCGUCCGCGUUCGUUUCCGCCGGCACACACCCCCGCAGUGGCGUCGACGGGCGUCGACGGGCGUCGCUCGGGGGCCGGAGAAAUUUUCGGCGUGGAAUCGAUACGCGGAUGGAUCGGCAGGGGUUAAAGGUACCGGGUGUCGCUGCCAGGAGCCAACAACGGCGUGCUCGUUGCGCAACAAUGGGACGACGGCCGUUGGUACACGCCGGUUGAUCCGGAGCCAACGGGCAGCUACGCCAAUGGCCGCGCGUGCACACAGCGGCAUCUCGAAACCGUGUGUCCGCGCGCGCGACCGAGCGAACGCAUCGAAUCAAAAGGCCUGCAGGAAUCGAGAACUACCAUCGGCAGCCUCGAGGGGUUGCGCCGCAGCCAUCCCUUGCUCCUCCAGCAUAAACCAUCGGCGGCGGUGGCGGCGGCGGCGGCGGCGGCGGUAGAGGCAGAGGCGGAGGCAGCGACGAUGACGGCAACAGCAGCGCCACCCCAGAAUGCUGACUCAAGGGGAGCCGCAGCGGCGGGACGACGGGGGUUCCCGGCUCUGCGGCGGUUGGACUGAAACGGGGCGAGGUUCGACGAGGGCCGACGAGAAUCGUCGUGGAGGGAAGAGGACCGGAGAGAGCGCGCCCGGUCGGAGUAGGGGUCGAGCAGCGGACCGGCAGCGCCACCGACCAAACAGUCGCACCCCGACGUCGUGAUCGUAUUCGAGGGCACCCCCUGUCACUGGCGAGAGCCGCGACAGGGAGCGACCAGAGUAUCCGGACAGACGGACGGACGGACGGACGGACAGCAGGAAAGACGGACGGUCAGUCAGUCAGUCGGUCGGUCCACUUGGUGCAGCUCGUGGACUAAUCGGUGAUCGGAGAGGGGAGGCAAUAGGCUCGAAACUCGAAACUCGAAAUAACCCACCUGCAAGAGGGAGAACGGAAUCGAAGCGAGAUAUAUAUACAUAUACAUAUAUAUAUAUAUAUAUAUAGAGAGAGAGAGAGAGAGGGAGAGAGAGAAAAGUUAAAGACGGAAGCGGAAGGCGGAAGGCGGAAGGCGAGAGACGCAAGAGGGAAAAUCGGCGAUAGACAGCAAGUAGAAAAAGCGUAAAACUAGUUCCGUAGCGGUAGAAGAUUUCGCUCGAAGCGAAUAGGGUAGAGAAAGCAACUGGGGUGGUUCCGGCGGAGGAGGGUGGUCGGUCGACGCGGUCGGAGGCUGGCAUGGUGGCGGUGCAUCCUACGAAGGAGCUGCCCUCGCCGUGCCGAUGACGAGGCUGCAGAUCGCGACCGAUCGUGAGAAAGGCAGGUCGACGCGGAAGCCGUGCAGCAGCCGGCGGGCAUCGUCCGCUUCGGUCCGCGAGGUAACCAGGAGGAGGUGGUUGGCGACAGGCGCGGGGCUGGGCAGCGACGACGGACGGCGGCGACGGAGACGGCGGCGUCGCUGCACCGGUGGCGGCCGGCUAGGCGGCCUCGUCGCGAUCCUCGACGUCACCGGGAUCGACGUCGCGGCUAAUCGGUACGGUGGUGCGUUCGUUGGUGCGGUUCGUGAGGGUGUUGCUAGCAGUGCUGUGGUAGCCGAGGAGGAGCGGGACGAGGAUAGCUUCUCGUCGUCGUCGUCGUCGUCGUCGUCGUCGUCGAGAGGAUCGUCGGUCGAUCGUCGCCCCCCGGUGAUCGAUCGGACCUCGACGGAAUCGCCGGACGUCGACAACCAGCGUCAUCGUCAGCAGCAGCAGCAGCAGCAGCAGCAGCAGCAGCAGCCGCAGCCGGCAGCUCCCCAAGAUCUGGCCGCGGUGGUAACCGGCUCCAGCUUGCACCAGGCCCAUCCAACCGCGACAGCGUCGUCGUCGCCGUCGUCCACCUCGCUCGGCCUGCCGCCCCGCAAGAGUCUCGCGAUGUGCUUCACCAGCACCGGCACGGCCCUGUCGCUGCCGCCGAAGAAGAAGGACAUCUACCGGCCGUACAGCCUGCAGCCGACCUCGGAGAUCCGGACUUCGGCCGAGGAGGAUCUGUCGGCGGCGCAGGCCAUUCUAGAUCUGAGCGCGUCCCCGGCGGCGCCCACUCACUCCGUCUUCAUCCACACGCUGUCGCCUCCGCCGCCGGCGCCGCCUCCGCCGCCGCCGCCUCCGCCACCGCCGCUGCCGGCAGCGGUCCCGCAGCCCGGCGCGGUGGCGGUGGCGGUGGCGGUGGCGGUAACGGCGGCGGGCCAGCUGCAGCCGACGCAACUGCAAUCGGCGCCGGCGGCCCAGCCCAUCCCGGUCUCCGUGCUGGUACCGGUGCCCGGCUCGCAGCCCACCGGCCAGCCGAGGCAGCAGGAGCAGCAGACGCCGCAGCCUCGGUCUCCCGCGACCGCGGAGGUCAACGCGAACCUCAACGGCAGCACCGGUAGGGACGGCGGCGGCAACGGCGGCAACGGCGGCAACGGCAGCAAGACGGUCGCGUACACGUACGAGGCGUUCUUCGUGUCCGACGGCCGGUCGAAACGUCGCAGCACGAGCACGAACGGCGCCGCCGUCCCGGACAAGGAAGCUGCGCAACCCGACAGGCCCAAGUUCACGUGCACGGAGUGCGGCAAACAGUACGCGACCUCGUCGAACCUGUCCCGGCACAAGCAGACUCACCGCAGCUUGGACUCCCAAUCGGCGAAGAAGUGCAUCCACUGCGGCAAGGCGUACGUCAGCAUGCCCGCCCUCGCGAUGCACGUGCUGACCCACAAGCUGGCCCACAGCUGCGGCGUCUGCGGCAAGAUGUUCUCCAGGCCGUGGCUGCUGCAAGGUCAUCUGCGCAGUCACACGGGCGAGAAGCCGUACGGGUGCGCCCACUGCGGCAAGGCGUUCGCGGACAGGUCGAAUCUGCGGGCCCACAUGCAGACCCACUCCGCGGACAAGAACUACGAGUGCUCUCGCUGUCACAAGACCUUCGCGCUCAAGUCCUACCUGAACAAGCAUCUGGAGUCCGCCUGCCUUCGCGACGACGAGAUCCCCGGCCAACAGCAGCAGCAGCAACAACAAAGUGCGACGCAACAUCAACAGAACUCGAACUGCGACUUGUAGCAGCGCUACGCAGCGCCGCCGAAUGUCGUCGGGCGUCCCGACGACGCCAGCGCCGCGGUGUUCGUUUCGGAAAGCUAGCGCUCGCAUCUGGCGACGCCCGGAUAAAGUUUUAAGCUGUCGGGGGAAUUCGGGAACGAUCCGGAUAUACGAAAAGGUUUGCCCGUAGGUUUUAAGUAGAAAAGUGCCAGUAGAGAAUGAUAUGACGCGUAGCAAAACAAAAAUGAAAACAAAAGAAAACGGUAAUACACGAUCGCGGAAGUGGAUCGAUGAUGAUGACGAUGAUGAUGAUGAUGAUGAUGAUGACGAUGAUGAUGAUGAUGAU